CAACGAAUCUUUAAACUUUCCGAUGGUUUAAUUCUAGUUCGAGAUCUAUAAAAUCUGUAACCACAUCCGUGCACUGAGCUAUCUGUAUAUCAAUAUAAAAUGACAGCGACCAGGAUGCUUUGGCAAAGGACAGUGAACUUCGAUAUCUUUGGAUACACUAUUUUGACAGGUUUAAAGAGAGUUGCCAUUUAUUUGUACACAUGUUGAAGCUUUAUUAUAAUAUGUUUUCGGAUUCCCGGGUAAAAUAUUGUAUUUCAACUGACUGAGAUUUACCUCGAUGGGCGACGAGAGAGGAGAGGACAACGAAAGACAAACCAUUCAGAUAUUCAAGAUAUCGUGCGGGGGACUCAUUGAAUAAACUGCUGGACUGCUGUUUGACCAAGUCGAAAACAAGAUGUGACUCAGCACAGUUUAUGUGUUUAAAGUGCUGAAACACCUUGGUCUGUGGAAGCCUGUCCAGUUCUCCUCUCUCCGCUUGGCUCUGUCCGCUCUUCUGUCCACUCACCCUUGCAGUGAAGAGGGGUAUGGAGUCCACAGAAGGCCCAGUUGGAGUGACCCUGAUGAGUGACCUCAACUUGUCCACUGUAGGCAUGAUGGACGGCAUCUCGGAGGAAGGGGGGAAUUUCUCCACCAACUUCUCUGACCACAGCGUGCCGUUCCAGGGCAGCAGCUCAAUGAUGACGGCCGUCAUCUCGCUGACCGUGUUCCUGGUGGGACUGACCGGCAACACCCUGGCCAUCUACGUGGUGCUGCGCUACGCCAAAAUGAAGACGGUCACCAACAUCUACAUCUUCAACUUGGCGGUGGCCGACGAGCUGUACAUCCUCGGGCUGCCCUUCCUGACCACCCAGAACGUCCUCUCCUACUGGCCGUUCGGCUCCUUCCUCUGCCGCGUGGUCAUGACGGCCGAUUCGCUGAACCAGUUCACCAGCAUAUUCUGUCUGACGGUCAUGAGCAUUGACCGCUACCUGGCCGUGGUGCACCCCAUCCGCUCCACCCGGUGGAGGCGGCCGCGCGUGGCCCGUGUGGUCAGUGCGGCCGUGUGGGCCGUGUCCUUUGUGGUGGUGUUGCCCGUGGUGGUGUUCUCAGAUGUCCAGGACACCUUCCGUUCUUGUAACAUGAACUGGCCAGAGCCACACAACGUGUGGUCCACCGUGUUCAUCCUCUACACGGCCAUCUUGGGUUUCUUCGGGCCACUGCUGGUCAUCUGCCUUUGCUACCUGCUCAUUGUGGUGAAGGUGAAGUCGUCGGGGGCGCGGGCCGGCUUCACCAAACGGCGGCGCUCGGAACGUAAGGUGACCCGCAUGGUGGUGGUCAUCGUUGUGGUAUUUGUCCUCUGCUGGCUGCCCUUCUUCAUCAUCAACAUUGUCAACCUGGUGGUCAUCCUGCCGGAGAGCAGCGCCAUGGCCGGCAUCUACUUCUUCUCGGUCAUCCUCUCCUACGCCAACAGCUGUGCUAACCCACUGCUGUAUGGCUUCUUGUCUGACAACUUCAAGCAGAGUUUCCGGAAGGUGCUGUGUGUGCGUAAAACCAAUGGUGUGGAGGACGGCGACCCCAGCCAACCGCGUACAGAGAAGACCACUACGCAUGACACCUUCCUGACGCCUCGCAACAACGACUUCAAUGGCCAAGUGCAGAGCAGCCAGGUGUCUCCUCACACUCCCAACCUCGGGACUUCUGCCUCUCACGCUGCAGACCUCAGCUUGCACUCUGUUGCCACGUCAACCUCCAGCCAUGACCUCUGAACCUCUGUCAGCACUUCAGCACCCAUAGGUGGAGAGACUGCGCUUUUUCAGCGCGCCAGCCAUGUAACGUGGACGAGUGCUGAGAACAGUGGCUACAAACCGGAGGUUGUGGGCUGGAACUCAAGCUGGAACUCAAGCACGGCCGACUCCAGCGGGUACUCUUUCAAAGACUCAGUGUGGGAAAAGGUUAUUCUGCAAGAUGGCAAAAUUGCACACUGAGGUACUAACACCCACACCCACUUCUAGACUAGCAGAAGUGUAGAAGUCAGUCAGAUUAUCUCUCUCUCUCUCUCUCACACACACACACACACACACACACACACACACACACACACACACACACACACACAUAAAAUAUGACUCACUAUUCCUCACCAAACUGCAGGUCUGUAGAAAGAAAAAAAAGAUGCAUAUCUUACUCUUUCUAUCAGAUGUUCUUUAAACCUGUGAAGUUUGAAACUCAUGCCAAACCAAAGCCUCAGAGUACACUGAAUAUAAACUUUCACAUUUUAUCUAAAAUAGCCCGCAGCCAAGUUGCCUUUCCAAAAGCACAUUAAAAGCAAAGUGCAAAUUAACAUAGCACACAGCACAAACGCACACACACAGGGACACACACAUACAUGUGCGCACGCGCGCGCAAAUACACACACACCCAUAUGCACUUGCACACACAGUCUAAGUAGUUAAUUGAUCAAUGGACUGCAGAGGAUUUAACACAUACCUGAUUACUUCUGUUAAUAAUUGAUUUAUUUUUCUGUUUCAUUUGGCCUGUAAACAUUGCAGAACAGUAGGCUAUUUUGCAUGUAGAAUGUAUGUGGCUUUAGCUAAGCAAAUCAAACUCAAGUUGUCCCUCCUUUAGUGUAAUGCCAGUACUAUUCAAGGCAAUUGUUCUUCAGCUGUAGUAAAAUUCCAUCACUGACAUAUCAUGAACAUAGAGGCAAUUUCUGCUAUUUUUUGUGUCCAAUAUGAAUUUAGUGCUGUGAAUGUCCUAAUGAUCUCAACUCGAAUUUGAUUAUAUAGUUAUCAUACAAGCCAAUUUAUAUAUAGUCCGGGCGAUAAAUGUUGCUCAACAAAAAAUGAUGUAAAAGCAACAUUUGUAUCUGCAAUGAUAUUGCACAGCUUGUUGUACACAUUGAAACAUUUGAGAGGACAAAGAGCUUUUGGUUUUUGUUGCUCACUCUAAUUGUAUGAGAAGAGAUUAUAUGGAUGCUUUGCUUAAUUGACACGGAUCUGGCUAUUUAAUGUUUUUAGCUUCCCUGGAAGCUAGCAGGGCAAACUGUUGAGUUUAGAUUUUAUGAAACAUUAAUUUCUUAACAGUCAAACAGACAUGAUUUCAAUAAUUUUGGGAAGUAAUCGGAUCAUAAAAUUUAAAAGGCAGUACAAGCUGGAGGCAGGAUUGUUCUGUUGUCUGGUGCAUCACAUUUUUUGUCGAACGGCUCUUGGACUAUAAACUCGCCUUAAGAGGAAUCCAGUCAUUACUUGGCUCUGUGCAGAAUACAUGAUUAGCUCUAGUGAAUUUAUUUGUAUGCUUUUUGAUGUAGGGGCCUGCAUUUUAGAAUGCAAAACAGUGUCUUUAUGUAUCAUUAGCUUUACAGUUAGCAUUUCUUCUUGCUAGCCAACAUCCCUGCCAGGGUGUCCAAGAGCACUGCACAGACCAUUAUCCACACUCUUGUAAAAGCCCAUACGCCUGUACACAAAACAAUAUUUAGAGUUCUUUACUUAUUAACUUCCAUAAUAGGAAAUAAUCUGUUGCUUUCAGCUGCUUUGUUACUGUUCAAUACUAAUACUGUAUGCUAGCUUUGCAAACGAAUGGCUACUUUGUGGUAUACAAAGUCAUGGUGUCUUUGUGGUAUGGCUGAUAGACAUGUGUGGCCUUGUGUGUGUGGUGUGUGUGUGUGUGCGUGUGUGUGUGUGUGUGUGUGUGUGUGUGUGUGUGUGUGUGUGUGUGUGAAGGGUGUGGGAGGUUGUGAUUUGUCUAUAUAAUGUUUUUACCUCGUUUCCAAUGAAUCCAUAGUUGUAACGUACUGCAGCCACAUUUUGAGCUCUUGCAAUGGGUCCAACCAGUUAUGUCAUUUCUUCAUUACACAGUGUCACUAGACUGACUUCAUUGAGUAACAGAAAGCACUCAGGUGCAAAGCACCAUAUCCAAUUCUUUCUUCUCAGUGAUCACGAAGGAGAUGAUGAUGAAAGGAAACAAUCCAAAAAGUCAUUAUGAGCCAGCAUCCCUCAGGGACUAAGGCUGUGGUCAGUAUUGAGUGAAGAUAAUAGACUAUGAAUUGAACAUUGAUCUCGUAUCAGCUUUUGAAAUUAGCCAUGCUAUUUGAAAUGUUUUCAAGUGAUGUAAUUAUUGUUUGCGAAAGCUGUGCUUGCCAGCAACAGAGUUAGUAUGGGUUUUUCCUGUCAGUCAGUCGAUCUGUCUGUCUGCCUGCCUCCCUGUCUCCAUC